AUGAAACAGCGCCAGAGUUUAGAUCCAAAACUGGGCAUAGAGACCGACAGCCCUGGAGACUGCCGGCCAGCCAGUCUAGCCGAAUUGGUUCUUACAGCUGGUGCUGCUGCACACAGCGUCAGCCGACGGGCUCUGUGGCAGUUCCGAAAGAUGAUCAAGUGCACCAUCCCCGAGAGUGACCCCUUGAAGGAUUACAACAACUAUGGCUGCUUCUGUGGCUUGGGAGGCUCAGGCACCCCGGUGGAUGAAUUAGACAGGUGCUGCCAGACGCACGACCAUUGCUACACCCAGGCCAAGAAGCUGGAAAGCUGCAAAUUCCUCAUCGACAACCCCUACACCAAUUCCUACUCGUACUCCUGCUCUGGGAAUACGAUCACCUGCAGUGACAAAAACAACUCCUGCGAGGCCUUCAUCUGCAACUGUGACCGCCAGGCCGCCAUCUGCUUCUCCAAGGCCCCAUACAACAAGGAGAACAAAAACAUUAAGUGUUAGACUUGUCCCCUCAGCUACUGCCUACACCGCCCCUGCCUGCCUGGCUGUGCUCACUACACACUGAGUCCUCUAAUAAAGCAUCUACUGACAGA